GGCAUGGGGCAGGGCUUAUCCAGGAGACAGGGCUUUGGAGAAGGACUCAGACUUCAGACAGCCCAGGUUCCAGGAGACCAGACAGACUCAGGGCUCAGGCAGCCCUGGGUCACUCUGGAAAGGGUCCCAGAGAAGAGCUAGGGAGAAGGGGGUUGGGGGUGAUCCAGAGAAGAGGGCAGAAAACAGGGCUCUUGUGCAGAGUAGGGUGAAGUGGACCUACUGAGAACCCCCCCCCCCCAUAGUGAGGUAGGGGUUCUGAGGGAGGGAGGACUGUUGGGGAAGGUCUUCCAAGGUGAAGGGAGCCCAUUGGGACUUAUCUGGAGCUGAGGAUUUAAUUGGGGACAAGUGUCCAAGAGGGAUUGAGAAUGAGGGAAGAGAGAUGGAAUAGAAUCAUAGAAGACAAUAUUGCUUAGGGCAAGUAAUGUUUAGGGACAGAGCAAUGUCAGGGCACUGGGGCCCAGGAUGGGGGUUGGAGGGGCUAUGAGCAGGUAUAUAGGCUGAGCUCCAAGGAGAUCAGUGUAGGGGUCUCUAAGAGGGACCAGGGUUUGGGGCUUUGGAGUAGCACACCUGACCCUGAGGGCAGAGGGGAGCUUGCUGUGCAGGGAAGGACCAGCCUGUUACAGGUCAGAUUCUUCAAGCCGGAUUUAUGAUGAACAGAAUUAGCAUGAAUGAACCAGGCUUUGGUGGGGUCAGACUUGGGAGACAGGACCUCCAAUCCAACAGGACUGGAACUGAGUCGGGAGGUAUGGGGGGGGGGGCAUUCUGAAGAUUCUUGGUGAAGGCCCUGGACUUGUUGGGCUCAGAAGGAAAACUCUAGACAUUGACCUUGGGGGACUUGAGAGACAGGAUUGAACAAAGAUGAGUAUUCCACUGGGGUUUGGUAUGUUGCAUCCCAUUUGGGUAGGAACUGUGAUGUGCAGUCAGGAGGCUUCAAGGGACCCAGAGACUCCAAAAGGAAGCCCGAUUAGGGAUGGGGACUGGACCAGCUCAGACAGCGGUUUAGCUAUUAGUAAGGAUGGAGUCCAGCUGUGCAGGAUCAAGGAAGAGGUGGGUAGGAGCUUGGGAAGCCGAUUUCAGGACAGGGCCUCAUGGAGAUGGUGCAAGGUCUACCACGGAGACAAGGGUGGCAAGUGGGACUCAACAAGGCAAGAAGAAGAGGUUCGAGGUAAAGUGGUUCUGAAGGCACAGGUCUUGGAGCUAGUAAGGCUCAGUGGGAGAAAUACAGGGAGAGGUAAUCAGCCUUGGAAACAAGGUGGAGUACUCAGCAGACAGACUUGCCCGGGACCUGAGGACCCGCGAGAGAAUAUGAGGACAGGUGGGCUAGGGCAGCAGCUCCGUGGUCGGUGGAUAUGGGAGCCACGCAACUCUUGGUUUGCAUGGGUCCCAGAUUCGUCCAGCUCUCCACUUCCCGGGGUCCUGGCUUCUGUGCUGGAGGGCAUUCUCCCUCCCUAGGGAGGAGGCGGAGGUGUCUGCGACGCUGUGAGUCAGGCUCUGGCUGCUGCCGCGGCCGGCCUGGCGCUGCGGAGCGCGCGGGCAGCGGGGGAGGCAGCGGCGCCAGCCCCGCUCGCUCCCCGCCCCCAAGCUUGGGCCGCUGGUACGCGAUCAGCCGACAGACAGCGGCCCGGGACAGCGGAAGGACGAGCGCUCCUAGGCGCAGCAGGGGUCUGGCCCAGUCGCUGCCGCGUCGCCAAUAGGCCCAGGGCCCCAGCCAGUCCCCAGCCCUGCUGGGAGCCCCGGCCAGCACCACGGACGGCACCCAGGAAGCCCGAGUCCCCCUGGACGGGGCCUUCUGGAUUCCCAGGCCACCAGCAGGUUCACCCAAGGGCUGUUUCACCUGUGUGUCCAAGCCUCCCGCCCUGCAGGCUGCAGCGGCCCCAGCCCCUGAGCCCUCGGCCUCGCCCCCCCAUGGCGCCCACUCUGUUCCCCAUGGAAUCUAAAAGCAGCAAGACUGAUAGCGUUCGGGCAUCAGGUGUCCCGCCGGCCUGCAAGCACUUAGCCGAGAAGAAGACCAUGACGAACCCCACAACAGUCAUCGAGGUCUACCCCGACACCACGGAGGUGAACGACUACUAUCUGUGGUCCAUCUUCAACUUCGUCUACCUCAACUUCUGCUGCUUGGGCUUCAUUGCUCUGGCCUACUCCCUCAAAGUUCGGGACAAGAAGCUCCUGAAUGACCUGAAUGGAGCCGUGGAAGAUGCCAAGACAGCACGGCUGUUUAACAUCACCAGCUCUGCGCUGGCAGCCUCCUGCAUCAUCCUCAUCUUCAUUUUCCUGCGGUACCCCCUCACCGACUACUGAGCCCAGCAGGCAGUGGCCUUGGAGACACAGCACUGAGACUGAUGGUCGCAGAGAUUCAGGAUGCUGACAGUAUGGGGCAGAAUGGGCUCCUACCAAGGCCCAGAGCCAUGCAUGGCAGCAAGGCCACCAGAAGCUGAGUGCCCAGUGGAGUGGCACACUCCUCCCAGCCACCCUGUCUGCCUCCUGCUCCCAUCCUGCUGUCACUGGGUCUCUGGGCACCCUCUCACAAUGCUGCCUGGCUGCCAGUGGCUGCCCUCCCUGACCUGUGCACCCCACCCAGGUUCCUGCUCCCCUCAGACCUGACACCCAGCAAGAAGGGCUUAUGUGGGAGCCCCCGGGAUAGGGGCUGCCAGCACCUGGGGCUCCCUCACUCCUGACCCCAACUUCCUCCAAGCUGUGACCCCUGCUCCAAGCUCUUGUAUCUGUGAACUUUCAUUAAAACAUGUGCCCAGCUCA